UUCCAUGUUGUUCUUGCUUCAAACUUCAGUAAACCUAAGUGCACCCAAGGAAUUACCAGACCAGCUUCAAAGGCUUAUACUAGUCCCCAAAUCCCACAUUUUGUCUUAUUCCACCAAAUCCUCUAAGGAUUUUCAACAUGUCCCAGUUUCAGCCACAACAAUUGCAACCACAGCAACUGCAACAGCCACAGCAGCAGCAGCCGGUUCUUGUGUAUCCAAACAAUGUGAACAAGCCACAGCCUUCCCACCACUCCAACGGAUCAUUUGGUUCAGUUUUCAUUGUGCUGGCUGUGAUUGUGGUCAUCUCAGGCAUUGCUUGCUUCCUGGGAAGACUAUGCAACCGCGACCGCUCCCACAAAUCCAAACCACAUAAGCAGUCCAAGCACAAGGGCAACAACAAGUCUCAUCCCAAAGAAGGUCACCAUGGUGAUCAUGCUGAGCCUGGGAACCAACAUUUCCGGCCUAAAGAAGGAUCUGACAUCGAAUUCGGGUUCGACAAGAAAAUCCCAAGUGGCAAGCCUAGUGGCCCAAACUACACCAGCAGAGAGAGCAGAGCAGGAUCAGGAGUCAUCAAUCACAACAAACCAUUUGUAAAUGUCCAUCACCAUGACAUGAAAUUUGGUGAAAUGAAACCUGGUAGUGGUGGUGGUGGUGGCCAUCCUCAUAUUGUGAUUGGUGAGCGAGCUAGAGGAUGAAUGGUGUUGUGGUAUUACGGCAACAUGAUCAGUAACCUGUAGCUUAAGUAUUGUCAUAUCUAAUUAUCUAUCAAAAUCCUCUUUUGAACUUUCAUUGUUCUUCUGAGUACUUUUUUACCUUAUCAUAUUUGUCACUGCAACUUCAAACUAUAUUGUGGCAAGCACUACUUUUAUAAUUGUACCACUGUAUAUAUGAUCUUCAUUUUCACUUAC